CAGUACCGGUACCAUACGCACCCUGUACCACUACUUCCCGUACGAUCUAUCAAAAGCGGCACUGCGUGAAGCUCGAAAAGAAUCUCGCUAGGACCAAAAGGCGAAAUUGGACAUCCAAAGCCAAAUUAUCGGGAUUCUACAUUCGGUACCUCUUGAAAUAAGAAUCGUAAGAUAUCACACGCACCCAAAAUGGAAGUAGAUUCUCCUCCGCGCAAUCAAUCCCCUCGGAUUUUGAAACUGGUGGAAAACUUGGCAGAUAUUCGCGAGCGACCGAAGACGAUGCUGACUCCUGAGACGAAAAGGACGAGGACGAUGGAAGAUCCUCCGAUCCGGGGACCAUUGACACCCGAGGGGGAAAGCACCGCGAAGGUACCUGUUCUUUCAUCUGGUGUAAAAGUGGAGUACCCAACAAAUAUUUCGAUGCCUUCGCGAAGCGUGAUCGAAGCACUCUACAAUAUAUCUCUUCAAGAAGAGGAAGAGGAAGAAGAAGAUCAAAAGCUUCGAAAUGAAAUCCACGAGAAAUCGGAGUACUAUGACCAAAAGUACCUGAAGCCUGCGGGUAUACUGUCUUUUGAAGAAAUUUUGUUGCCUGCUGUUGGUUUAGCAGAAGAGAAAGCCCUCAAACAAGCACAAUCGAGAGUACAGCGCGAUGCACCCGAGUAUACGUUUGCAAUGGAAAACUGUCGAAGGCUCGUUCGUAAAAGUAUCCGUAAUGCUAUUCUCGAAGUACAAUCGUCUCGCAUGACACGAACUCGGUGUCAACAAGAACGAAGAUUAGAGCAGGCAUUAGAAAGGAAGCGCGUACGGGAGCGCCGCCAUCGGGAACGUCUUGAAGAAGACGAACGCCGGGCAAAGGAACGGGCUCUCAAAAAGGAGAUUUCUAGAGCUGAGAAGAGACGACAGCUUGCACGGGAGUAUCCAAGGAACCAGGACUUAUGGAAGGAGAUUGUAUUUCUGACUUCCUCGGUAGCGCAACUUGAGAGAGAAGAACGAAUGUGGGUUCAAAUUGAAAAGAAUAUGGUGCAACUUAAGGACAAAAAUGGAAAGGAAGAAGAACUAAAGAAUCGGUCGAAUCAUCCUUUAGACAGUAAUUUGUCCUCGUCAUCAUCUGACGUGAUUGUAGUAAAGGCUGAUAAAAGUCCGCUCCACUUGAAGACUGAGGAAAAGGUAAAGGACAUUGUCUUGGCCUCGACUCGUAUUCAGAACGGGUUGGGAAUGAUUCUAAAGCUCUUGGAUGCGUCAGAAUUCGUUCAAAAAAGUUUAUUCGACGAAUAUAGAAAGGAUCAUGCAUUCCAUGGAUACCAAGGAAUGGACAAUCCAAAAGGAAUUAUUCGUUUCUUAAGUCAAAGCCAAGACGAUCUUCCAGAUAAUCCAAAAGGAAUCAUUCGCCUAUUGAGUCAAAGUCAAUGAUUGUCCCUAGAAUUUUGAGAUACAGGGAGCUGAAUUUGCUGUCGGUAGAAGACAGCUAAUUAGGGCUUUUGGGGGGUACAUGAUUGUCAAUUGUGAAGAAUUUUAAUUUAAG